AGAGACCAGACAGGACAGCCAGCAAAACAGCUCACUCACUCACUCACUCACUCACACUCACUGACUGCGCAGGAUGGCUCCUUCUAACACUAGCAUGGUGCAGACUGCUGCCAAUGAGCUCAGCUCACAGGGACUGAGGAAGCUGAGAAAGCCAGUGAUUGAGAAGAUGAGGAGAGAUCGCAUUAACAGCAGCAUUGAACAGCUCAGGACUUUACUGGAGAAAGAGUUUCACAAACAUCAACUUCCAUCCAAACCAGAGAAAGCAGAUAUUCUGGAGAUGACAGUGACCAUCCUGCAGCAGCACCUGGCUGGGAAAUCUGCUCCAUCAUCCAGCCAGAGCUACAGAGAAGGUUACUCCAGAUGCCUCCAGGAGUCUGAGCGCUUCUUCUCCCUGAACAAACAGACAGAGGUCCAGGUGAAGCUUCUGCAGAACAUCCAUGGUGGACAAGCUGUGGCAGAGAGGGGCUUCACUUCUGGGUUAUCUUUCUACCAGAACCCAAACAAACAAAUGGCUACAGAGACCACCAAAGCCAUCUGGAGACCCUGGUAGUCACUCUCUGGGAUUUAUUGGACUGGAACUUACAAUUCCUGUUAUUAUGUAUCUACUCACAUGCCAGAGGCCUGUGCUGGCCGUUGACAAAGCGAAUGCCCUGUUGAUUGC